AUGGAAAUUCGUGGUAUCCCAGAGCAAUGCGGGUGUGGUCGAAGAACUGGGAUAUACACAUCAAAAAUGAAGGAUCACUUGUAUAAAUGGGUAGAUGAAGCUGUCUACGAAGAGGUUCAAGAUGCAUUGCCAAAAGUUGAGUGCUUUGUAUCAGAUGUUAUGAAAAUUAAAAUGGAGAUCGAAAGCAUGAAAGCCGUGGAUGAAAAGUUGAAAGAAGAUGUAAGGAAGGCGAGCAAUGAACUUAAGAAGCUGAAUGUGAUCAUGAAAGUGGGUUUUCUGGUAGUUUGUUUAGGCGUUGUGAUAUGUCUUGUGUUCAUCAUGUUUGACAAAGCAGAUGGGUUGUCUUUGAAUAGCUACUAG